AUGACGCCUACUAAAACUCAGACCGUCUACUGGACGUCAGCCUUUGGCGAGAUUCCUGUUGCCGAAGAUAAAUUAGCCGCAAAGUCGGACGUGAUCGAUUACGUUUCAUCAACCGAUAUUGAAGUCCACGCUGAAUCAAGAAUGAUCGGAGAUGCGGCGGGCCUUGGUGCCUUUGAAAAGAUCUUACGACGGCUUAGCGAGCUCGAUGGAAAAGUCACCGCUCUUAGAGGCGAAAACACACUCUUCAACGUGGCUAUAGUGAGCUUAAUGGAAAAGUCACCACUCUUAGAGACGAAAAUACCACUCUUCAACGUGGCUAUAAAGAAUGGCUCAACUAUCAUCGGCUUAUACCGCCUCCAAUACGACGUUGUAUGCCACGCCUUCAAAAAGACGUACGGAUACCGGUAUAAAGAGAUACCGCAGGUAGUUCCAGAAGAGGUGGUGCAUGUCUUCGAUAUGCGAAGCAACCUUAUGCAUUUACACUACUGGAACCGUGAUACCUCCAAGAUCCGUGAGAGUCGGCGGGAUAACCUGAAACAGCGCUGUGAUGAAAUAUUGAAAAUAUGGUUCAGUGGAACAUCUUAUUCAAGGGAGCAAACUGAAAUAAAACUCAAAUCUAUGAUCAGAGAUUAUUGGCGCGAUGACAAGGAACCCUAG